CCGACACUGUGCGUCAUGACGCGUGCGCGCUGGAGGAGGAGCGUCAUACAGGAAGACGCAAGGAAUCUGCAGAUUCUCUUCAGCCUAAUAACACUCAGACGCUUAUAUUCAUACAUUCAGUCAGAGAUGCAGCGGUUUCGGCUCUGGCACGCGUUUUCUCUUCUCGGUCUGCCGUUUUUAAGCAGCGCGAUUGAUUUUAAAACGCGAACGGGACCGCAAGUGACGGACAAGGUGUUUUUCGACAUCACCGUGGGUGGUCAUGAGGUUGGCAGGAUUGUGAUUGGUCUGUUUGGUGAAGUAGCUCCUCUGACCGUACAGAACUUUGUGUCUCUGGCCACUGGAGAGAAGGGUUACGGCUAUAAAGGCAGCAAGUUUCACAGAGUUAUCAAAGAUUUCAUGAUCCAGGGAGGAGAUUUCACUGCUGGAGACGGAACAGGGGGUAAAAGCAUCUAUGGAAACAUGUUUGCGGAUGAGAACUUCCGGCUCCGGCAUCUGGGGGCUGGUUGGGUGAGCAUGGCGAAUGCGGGGCCCGACACCAACGGCUCACAGUUCUUCAUCACGCUAGCCAGAGCGCCAUGGCUGGAUGGAAAACACGUGGUCUUCGGAAAAGUCCUGGAGGGGAUGGCUGUGGUUCACACCAUUGAGCUUCAGGACACGAACGAGCGAAACCUGCCGUACACCGAGUGUGUGAUCGUCAACAGCGGGAAGAUUAAAGUGAAGGAGCCGCUGCUGGUGGAGGUGGAGGGAUGGUGAACGCGUGAACAGCUCUGCUCUAUCUUUAUUUACAGCUGAAUCAGCCCUGCUUACAAAUGAUCAAAUACUCUAUUUCCCAAGUGCUGUUUAAUCUUUCAACACAUUUCAAACAUCAUAGUUUUAAUAGCUGAUUUAUUUUCUCUUUGUCAUGAUGACAGUACAUAAUAUUAGUCUAGAUAUUCUUCAAGACACUAGUGUUCAGCUUAAAGUGACAUGUAAAGGCUUCACU